AUGGUUUUGGACGACAUGCCGCCGGAUUUCAAGACAACAGAGAAGGUCGACAAAUGGGGCACUGGUAAGUGUGAUUGCAUGGACUCUUGUGUCUCAUCACUGAUGUGCUUAGGACUCUUCGAGAACGACGCGGAUCUGGACAUCGUCCGUGAUCUCACAAAAGACUCGGGUGUUACAGAGACUGGCACCAUGAGCUUCCUCCAUCUGGUGGAUGCAAAAGCACUCAAGUACCGCAAGCGGCUCGACGCUGGCGCUCUGAACAAGAUGCUCAAGAAAUAUUUGCCGAUCGACGAUGCCACAAUCUUUGCAGGCCAAGAUGACAAAGACUCAAUGUGGUUUUUCCCGCCCAACAGGUGUCCUGGCUAUCAUCUCUGCUUGCUGGGAGCUGUCGCGAUGGGAUUUGGCUGCAAAAUUGGUCCAGACUUCCGCCAAUCUUUGGAAGAACUACACACCAAAGUCGGCUUUUCUCGCAACGCUCAAGUCCAGCUUCGUCAUGCGCUCAAUGUUUAUGCUGAUGGUAUUUCCUACGACUUCCGAUCCAAGCUUCGCCCCAUGGGCCUUGACAAUGACGACCGGGCAUCUGACAGUAUCUGGGGCGACCUCAGUGAAUCUUUGUGCAAGCUAGACGACAACGCCGAUCCUGGGAUGAAAAUGCUCACAAGACAAAUCUUUGGUCCUCUGAUGAAGUGUAUUGUUGCUGGUGACCACGAGAAACCUCAAGAUGCCUGCGGCAAUUGUGGCAAGAAAAAGGCAGAGGAUGGCUCGCCCUGUCAGCCAUGUUCACAAUGCGGUCAACGACUCUAUUGUAGUCGCAAGUGGUAUGCUUAA